AUCUCCCAAUGUCCUCCGCAAACCUGAAGAGAGCUGGAGUACGGAGUUGGGCGCCACGUGCCACGCGCCACGCGGUUAGUACUGGCUUGGAGAGCAGUGGUGCGCGAGCUACGCAGCCGCGGGUCCCGUCCGCCAGACAAGCUUGUCGCGAGCGCCAAACCCGAGACAACACAACACGAACCGACUGAACAGGGAGAAACAAGAGGAGAAAGAAUAGAGGGAAAGGAACAACUGGGCUUUCCUCAACGAGUCUUCUUCGUGAAGCUCUCCUUUCUGCCGGCGGCGCACCCCUGCUGUUGAGGCUGUGGUAUGAGCCUAUGUGGCAGGAAGGCGCUGACUUUGCUGAGCAGCGUGUUCGCUGUUUGCGCCCUGGGCCUGUUGGGGAUCGCCGUAAGCACCGACUACUGGCUCUACUUAGAGGAGGGCGUCAUCCUUCCCCUCAACCAGAGCACAGAGAUCCGCAUGUCCCUCCACUCUGGCCUCUGGAGGGUUUGCUUCUUGGCUGAGACACAACUCUCCAGACAAGUGUUGUCCCAGAGUAAACCAGGGGAGGAGAAAGGCAGAUGUUUUACCAUAGAGUAUGUGAUGCCCACUAAUGUCCAGAUGACCUCUGAGUCCACUGUUAGUGUCCUGAAGAUGAUCCGUUCUGCCACACCCUUCCCUUUGGUCAGCCUCUUCUUCAUGUUCAUUGGUUUUGUACUCAGUAACAUUGGCCACAUCCGACCCCAUCACACCAUCCUGGCCUUUGUUUCUGGAAUCUUCUUCAUUCUGUCAGGUCUCUCUCUGGUAGUUGGUCUGGUGUUGUACAUCUCCAACAUUAAUGAUGAAAUGUUAAACAGAACCAAAACUAAUGAGGCCUACUUCAGCUACAAGUAUGGCUGGUCAUUUGCCUUUGCUGCCAUCUCCUUCCUGCUCACUGAGACGGCAGGUGUCAUGUCGGUGUACCUGUUCAUGAAGCGCUACACAGCAGAGGAAAUGUACCGGCCCCAUCAGGGCUUCUACCGGCCUCGCCUCAGCAACUGCUCAGAUUACUCCGGCCAGUUCCUCCAUCCAGACGCCUUGGCCGGACGUGGUCGCAGUGCCUCCUCCAUCUCCUCUGAGGCCUCCCUCCAGAUGAACUCCUCCAACUACCCUGCUCUCCUCAAGUGUCCAGAGUAUGAACAAAUGUCCUCCUCACCUUGCUGAGGCAGACGAUGAGUUGUUGUGUUAGCAUUAUAGAGGUCAUUUUGAUCUGCCUGGAUUUUGACAUAAAAUUGUCCAAUAAUUUGACUUUAUCCAGCUUGAAUCACUCCCGUCUUCAAGUGUCCUGACUAUGACCUGAGCCUCUCUACCCUCACUACUGCAGAUUCUUUUAGUUACACCUUUUGGUUCUGUGGGGAGCAAAACUUACGUUGAAGGUUAGCCAGUUCACUUUAUUCUCAGCUAACCUGUCUUGUUUCAAGUACAGCUGUUAGAAGAUGAGAGAGGAAAGAGUUUGACCAGGUUGUACUUUUGUCUCCUUUUUCUCUAGUUUGUAGUGACAGGUGUCUAGUAACCUGCUGAAGUGACCAAGGGCGAAGUCAUCUGAAUGGAGUAACUUGAGUAGCUUCAACCUGCAGUGCCCAUUAUUUGCCUGUAGUACUGCCACAAUUUCGUUAUCUUUUUGACAGGAUUACACGCUGCUAAUCUGCAGACAUGAUGAGAAUAAGGAUUAGAACUGAAUAAGCAACUAUGUGCAAUCGAUACAGAGUCUGCAGGUUUUCAAAACCAAACACUACACCGUGUGCUUUCAGCCAGAAAGCGGAAACUAAUCAGUGAAAUCACCUCGGUGUAGAGGAAACUCGCUUAGAAUAAUAGCUCUUAGAGGGUGUCUCACAAAACAUUUCCUCUAUUUGAUCAUAAGAUCAUUGCUCAAAUUGUGCAGACGUUUGGUUUAUAAAGGUUAAUUUGGUUAAAAUAAAAUUGUUUAAGCUCCCUUUUUCUACAAAUUGUACAUGUGCACCAGCUGUGUCAGUGUGCACAAGCAAGUAUUACUCACAUCCUUAGUUGUCACUUCUCAGUUGCAGUGUGCUGCACUUCAUGUAGAAAAUGGCUUUUUGUUGUAUCAUACUGUAGGUGUUCUCAUGCCCAUCACAACUGUUUCACGCGUUUAUGUGAAGUCACAUGCUAGAACUC